UCUCUGAAGUCUCCUGAGCUGCAGGAGAAACUCCAGGAGUCUGAGAAACUCGUUCAGGAGAUGACCGUCACCUGGGAAGAGAAACUCAGGAAAACUGAGGAGAUCGCACAGGAGCGUCAGAAGCAGCUGGAGAGCAUGGGAAUCUCUCUGGAGUCGUCAGGGAUCAAGGUCGGAGAGGACAAGUGCUUCUUGGUCAACCUGAACGCCGAUCCGGCUCUCAAUGAACUGCUGGUGUACUACCUGAAGGAUCACACGCGUGUGGGGGCCGACACGUCUCAGGACAUCCAGCUGUUCGGCAUCGGGAUCCAGUCUGAACACUGUGUGCUGGAAGUCACGUCUGACGGAGACGUCACGCUCACGCCGGCAGACAACGCCAGGACGUGUGUGAACGGGACGAUGGUUUACUCCAGGGUUCAGCUGUGGCACGGAGAUCGCAUUCUGUGGGGAAACAACCACUUCUUCAGAAUCAAUCUGCCCAAGCACAAGCGGCGCGAGCGACUGAAGGAGCCGGAGCGAGACUCUCCUCGCCAAAGCUUGUCCGAGGCCGACGCGGAGACGGCGAGCCAGGCCUCGUCCGAACAGGACUACAGCUACGAGUUCGCACAGAUGGAGGUCGUGAUGAAAGCGCUGGGGAGCAACGACCCCAUGCAGAAGGCGGUGCAUGCUCUGGAGAAGCAGUAUGUGGAGGAGAAGCGUCUGGCGCUGGAGGAGCAGCGGCUGAUGUACGAGCGCGAGCUCCAGUCUCUGCGGCAGCAGCUCUCGCCGGAGAAAGCGUCUCAGCACCAGCGCUGCAGCAGCUUCCCCACACACACCACACACACCAAACUGCGUCUGUGGAGCGACGAGAGGGACGAGCUGUUCCGUCAGAGUCUGUCUCGGCUGCGUGAGCAGGUGGUCCGAGCGAACGCUCUGGUGCGAGAGGCUAACUUUCUGUCCGAGGAGAUGCACAAACUCACCGACUAUCAGGUCACGCUGCAGAUCCCAGCCGCCAACCUCAGCGCCAACCGCAAGCGUGGCACUAUAGUCAGUGAACCGGCCAUCCAGGUGCGACGCAAAAUGAAGGGAACGCAGGUGUGGACCAUCGAGAAACUAGAGAACAAACUAGUGGACAUGAGAGACGAUUACAGAGACUGGAGGGAAGGAACACAGGAGGUGGUGAACCGGCUGCACAGUAAGGCGGGCGAUCCGUUCUAUGAAGCGCAGGAGAAUCACAAUCUCAUCGGCGUGGCAAAUGUCUUCCUGGAGUGUCUGUUUCAUGACGUGAAGCUGCAGUACGCUGUUCCCAUCAUCAGCCAGCAGGGGGAGGUGGCAGGUCGUCUGCAGGUGGAGCUGCUGCGUGUGAGCGGCGUCGUUCCCGAGCGAUUGGCCGGAGGAGACGAUUCCUCCGAGAACUCCAGCCAGAGCAGCGGAUACGAGGUCAUGGACAACAAUGGAGAGAUCGUCCACAUGGCCAGAAAACUCACCUGCAGGGUGCGGAUCAGAGAGGCGUCUGGUCUUCCUCACAACCUCUCCAACUUCGUCUUCUGUCAGUACACCUUCUGGGAACAAUCAGAGCCCGCUGUGGCUCCGCCCAUCGUCAGCCCGGACACGCCCCCCUCACAGACGGCCGACGCCCACUUCACUGUGCGCUUUGAUCACUGCAGGGAUUUCCUGGUGCAUGUGACGGAGGAGUUUCUGGAGUUCAUCUCAGACGGCGCUCUGGCCAUCGAGGUCUGGGGCCACCGGUACGCUGGGAACGGCCGGUCUGUGCGGGAGCUGGAUGCACUGCAGGCCAAGAGGCGCACGCUCAGAGACAGGUGGAGUGAAGUGUCGCGUCAGAUCGAGCUGUGGGUCUCCAUACAGGAACUGAACGAGCAGGGCGAGUAUUCGUCUGUAGAACUUCAUCCCAGCAGAGACGUCAGCACUGGAGGAGUGUUUCAGCUACGCCAGGGUCACUCGCGGAGGCUGCAGGUGAGCGUCCUGCCGGUCCAGCACUCGGGGACGCUUCCGCUGCUGGUGGAGGCCAUGCUCUCUGUCUCCAUCGGCUGCGUUUCCGCUCGAUCCACCAAACUACAGAGACCUCUAGACAGCUAUCAGAGGGAGGAAGACGCUGAUAUGGAUAGUUAUCAGGAGGAGGAUCUGAACUGUGUCCGGGAGCGCUGGUCUGACGCUCUCAUCAAGCGCAGGGAGUAUCUGGAGGAGCAGAUCAAGAAGAUCAUCAAUAAGUCAG